AUGGCCCUAACCCGAAUGAGGUUCUCCAUCCGGGCAAGUGAUGCGAAGCACCCGCUUGUCACCCCAGACACCUGGGAGGGCGAGAUCAUCGUCCCCUUCUGCUUGCAGUCGCCUCUUUCGGGGGCCUUGGCCUGCUUGUCGGUGAAGCGGCGUACGGCCUUGGGGCUGCACCCUCCCCCCCUCGCGCCCGGGCUGGCCAAGAAGUACGAGCUCUGGUAUCGGCGAUGUCUCCAGCUGCCCAGAACUUGGAGAGAAGCUGCUGGCCGCAAGCGUGUGCUCUUGCACAUAGGCGCCUGCGACUACACCUGCGUGGUUCUCGUGAACGGCGUCGCCGUCGGGAAGCCGCACGUCGGCGGCUCCACCGCCUUCGAGUACGACAUCACCGACGCGCUGUCAGGCGCCCAGGAGGAUGAAGUGCUGAUCAAGUGCACCGACCAUGAAGAGACGGAUGGCAAGGCCAUGGAGCCCAGGGGGAAGCAGCUGGUUUCCAGCGCCUACCGCGGCCAAGGGCCGCACGUGCCGACUCUGUACUCCAACAUCACCGGCUUGUGGCAGAGCGUCUGGAUCGAGCUGGUUGGCCCACGGUACCUGCGCCGCGUUCACUGUGCCCCCCGAGCCGACCAGGAGAUGGUAGACUGGUCCCUGGAGAUGCGCCCCGAGCUGGCCCCGGGCACUUCUUCGGCAGGGUUGGUGGUGGAGGCCGUUCUCUUCCUGGACGUGCACCGGAAGGUUCCGCUGGCUCGGGCGGUCGGGAACCUGGCGUCUGCCCUCUUCCUGCAGGUGCCCCGCGGCUGGGCCAGACUCUGGAGUCCGAGCCGGCCGUACCUGUACGGCUUGAAGUACCGGCUCUUUGAUCGCGGCAUACUGGUAGACGAGGUCACUUCUUACACUGCUCUUCGCGUGGUGGCCGUACGUGGCGACGAGAUCCUCCUGAAUGGUCGGCCCUUAUUCUUGCGCCUUGUCCUGGACCAGGGCUACUACCCAGACGGCCUCUGGACGGCCAAGAGACAAGGCCCUUGUAUGGGUGAUAGUUGGGAUUUGUACACUUUUGACUGGGUGAAGAAGUACCAUGAAUACGCCGGGGUGGGGCUGGACCUCGCGGGACCUUUCGGUUUCAACUUGCCGAACCUCGUGCUGGGUUGGCACUUCUUGUUUGUCUUUUUGUAUGACGUGGAACAUGAGAAGAACGGCCUGCUUCUCUACGACCGACGGCCGAAGUUGCCUCAAAGCGCCCUGAAAGCCGUGUCGGGAAAGCCCCCAACCACACUUUCUGUUUUUCUCGCUGGGAAAUCCGAGGUGUUCGACGGGCGCAUGCAGACAGGAACCAUGUCCUGGCAGAAACUUGUGAUUUCCCUAGAGGUGACCACCUUGGAGUGCCAAGCCAAGUUCCUCAUUGUGAGCUUCAACACCGUCGCCAGUGGUGCGGACUGGCGCUCCGCGCUGGACAUCCUGCUUGCGGCGGCUGAGGCGCAGCUGCGCCGCAGCGUCGUGGGCGAGAAUGCCGCCCUAACCGCGUCUGGCGUCGGCUUGGGGUGGAGGUACCUUGUUGGUGCGGGCAUCAGCCUGGUCAGCAGCCAGUUGGAUGAUGCAGGAGAUGGUGGAGAGAGCUGCUGCUUGUUCGCCGGACAUUAUCAGCUACAACGUCCUCCUCAACGCGCUGGAUCGCGCUGGGGACCCGAGGAGGGCGCUCGAGCUCCUGGCCCAGAUGCCGCAGCGCAAGCUGCGACCCAGCGUCAUCUCCUUCGGGAGCGCGGCAAGCGCGUGCAGUCGAGGCACCUUGUGGGCUUCCUCCUUGUCGCUGCUAGUGGAGCUGGCGGUGCGGGGCACACCGGCUAG